CAAACCCUCUCCUGACACAGACAGACGGACGGACGGAGGCAGGAGGCAUAUGCUGAAGCAAACAGUUGUGCGCUCGCUCUCCGAUGUGAGCCGAUUUCAGAAGAAAAAAAACGCAACUUUUUGGUUGCAAGACCCGCGGAGUUCAAUUCCAAGACGGUGGAUCCGUUUGUUUUCUUCUGUUAUGCGAGUGGAUUUUCUUUGGAAGGAAUAACGUUUUUAUUUGAAUACAAACGAUAAUUAUUUGAUAUUUUUUUUAGCCCGUUAUAUCGAGCUGCAGUGAACCCCGGAAGAGUUGAUAAGGACAGUCAGGAUGUCCCAUAUCUCCGUCAACGACCACCUGGAGGGGAUCUUAUCAGACUUCGAAGCUUUAAAAAGAUCCUUCGACGUCGACGAUGUGGACGAGCUCCCUCCCUUCUCCCCCUCCUCCCCCGUUCCCUCCCCCCUCUCCUCCACCUCCCUCCUCAACAAGACCAACGAGGGUCGAGGGUUCCCCACCUCCAACCACGGCUCCCCUGCCUUCCGUUCCCGGAUCAGCCUUGGUACCAACCCCAGCCCUGCCCAGAGCCCUGUGUUCAAGUCCCGCAUGGUCUCCAGUCUCUCCUUCAACAGAGCCAUGAACAGACCCGCCAUCAACAACAAUGGAGGGAGCUCCGGAGGCAUCACCAGGGCCUCUUCCUUCCAGAACAAGUUCAACCCUAAGGGUUUCUCCUCCUCUCUCUCUGGCCCAGGCAGUGAUAAUGAUAGUCUCCAUAGCUCCUCUUCUAGUCUGGAGUAUUCCAUCCAGGGAGGUGGAGGAGAAGGAGGAGGAGGGGUACCUCCAGGCAAGCCAGGGUCUCUGUCCUACUCCACUAGCCCACAGAUGGAGCAGCGUCCUGGGCAGCAGCGUGGCGUGGGCCUGGGGAUGGGGAAGAAGUUCUCUUCCCAUGGGAGUGUGUUUCACUCUGAGCUAGAGGGGCCUAUGGGGCUGGGAGCUCCAGAGCCCAGGGGGGUCAGCCACGGAUCCAUGCCCAGUCUGGACCUCCAGAUCGGGGAAGGAGGAGGCGGGGUGCGGGGGGCUGGAGGUGGAGGGGUGAGGUAUGGCAACGCCAAUGUGGGUUUGAAUGGCGGAUCCCAGCGGCAUUAUAACACCAGUCCCUUUGGGAAGGAAGGAUGCUACUCUCCCAAUCAGAACCACAACAGCUACCAGGCCCCGCCCAAACCCAAAGAGACCCAGCGUCUCAACAAGUUCCCCCUGGAUCUAGACAGUCUGGUGGGGGUGAAGACGCCCCAGCCCAGCCCCCAUCCUUCCCCCUCGUCUGACCCCCCUAAACCUCCACCCAGAGCACACUAUCCCAGCAGCCUCUCUGUCUCAGCUAGCCCAUCCCUCAGCAGUCUGGACAGCUCCGGUGGUGACCUCACUCCUCUUCCCGCCGCCAAACACCACGUCUCCUACAACAACAUCAACCCCUCCCUCCCCCGCUCUCCCCCACCUACCUCCCCCCCGGGGGCCAAGCCUGUCCCUAAGGUGAGCCAGUCCCCUGUCCCCCUGUCCCCCGCCCAGACCCCCCAGCUCAACCUGCUCUCCCCCAGACCUCAGGUAGGACACCUGGCCACCUCCACCCCCCUGCCACUGGAGCACACCCAGCCACAGGAAAUGAUGUCAGAGAGAGAAAGCGUGGGUUCCAUCCUGCAGAGGAUCGCUUCCUUCUCCCGUCCCGACGCCAUGACGACCACCAGGGUUCCAAGCACCGCCAGUGUUCUGAGCGGGGUUGCCCUUAGCAACGGGGUGAAGAAGGAGAGCCCACCACCGAUGAUGAUGAUGCAUCAGGAGCGUGUUUCAUCACCUCUACCUGUGGCGGUCCAGAGACAGGGGCUAAAGAGAGUGCAAGACACAACUAAGGUGCUGGAGCAGGAGAUACCCGCCUCGAUGGAGGAGAGAGGGAUGGAGGAAGUGAAACCAUCAGCAGUAGAAGACAAAGCAGCAGCAGAGGAAGCUGUGGAGGAGAGAGUAGCUCAGGAGAAGACAGAGGACAGCACAGCGCAGAAUAAAGAGACGGAGGAGAGAGAAGUAGACGUAGAGAGAGAGAUGGAGGGAGAGGUAGAGGUCGUGACCCCUUGCCCUACAGAGAGCCAUGGUCUCCAGGGAACCAUUAAAGGUCAUGACCUCUUCGGCUACGUGGGCAUCGAGGCUGUUCUGGACCAGAUGAGACGCAAGACCAUGAAGGCUGGCUUCGAGUUCAACAUCAUGGUCGUGGGUCAGAGUGGACUAGGGAAGUCUACCCUGGUCAACACUCUGUUCAAGUCUAAAGUCAGCCGCAAGUCCUGCAGCCCAAACUACGAAGAGAAGAUCUCCAAGACUGUCAAACUGCAGUCCGUCAGCCAUGUGAUAGAGGAGAAGGGAGUGAAGAUGAAGCUCACAGUGAUUGACACGCCAGGAUUUGGAGACCAGAUAAACAACGAGAACUGUUGGGAGCCUAUAGUGAGUUAUGUUAAUGAGCAGUAUGAGAGGUACCUGAAAGAAGAGCUGUACGUCAACAGGAAGCCGAGGAUCCCUGACACACGCGUCCACUGCUGUGUCUACUUCCUGCCUGCCACCGGACACUGGUUACGUCCCAUAGACGUGGAGUUCAUGAAGAGGCUGGGGAAGAUAGUCAGCAUCGUACCGAUCAUCGCGAAGGCAGAUACACUCACCAUGGAGGAGAGACAAGAGUUUAAACAGAGGAUAAGACAGGACCUGAAUGCCAAUGGGAUCCGAGUCUACCCUCAGACUGAGUACGACGAAGAUCCAGAGGACAGGAUACUAAACGACAAGAUCCGGGAAAACAUUCCGUUUGCGGUGGUGGGGACAGACAAGGAACACCAGGUAAACGGGAACAAGGUCCUGGGCAGGAAAACCAAAUGGGGCAUCAUAGAGGUUGAAAACGUGGCACAUUGUGAGUUUACCAACUUGAGAGAUCUGCUGAUUAGGUCCCACCUGCAGGACCUGAAGGACGUGACCCACAACAUCCACUAUGAGACAUUCCGCGUCAGGAGACUGAACGAGAGUAACCUGACCGUCCACGGUCUGGCCCUGUCCUGCUUUCCAAUGGAGAACGGGACCCACGGAACCAACGGAACCAAUGGAACCUCGGACAGGAGCGAAUCAGAGAGCCACCUCUGAGGGGGAAUCACAGAGUGCGUCGCACACAGCAGCAGCUCCAGCUUCCUGCUCACAGCUUCCUGUUUCCUGUUUUGACUGCAAAAUGGUUGGUCGACCGUUUCCCCCAAUCGGAACACGAGAAAGAGAGCGAAAGAAAGAAAGAGGAACUCUUUUUUUUUAACAAAGGAGAGAUGUUUUCGGUGGCCACCACACCUUGGAUUUUGAACAUUUUAUUGAGUUUUACUAAAGACAUUAUUGAUAAGAAAUGCAUUUAAACUUCAUAUAUGAAUAUAUUUUCUCAGAAUGAGUUUAUAUGUCCUGGAAGCAGGGUCACACAGGGCUGGAAGAGCAGAGAUACAUGGAGAGAGAAAAACAGAGGGGGAGAGUGAGGGAUGGAGAGGGGAAGAGUGAGGGAUGGAGAGGGGGAGAGUGAGGGAUGGAGAGGGGGAGAGUGAGGGAUGGAGAGAGAAAAACAGAGGAGGAGAGUGAGGGAUGGAGAGGGGGAGAGUGAGGGAUGGAGAGGGGAAGAGUGAGGGAUGGAGGGGGGGAGAUUAAUGGAUGGAGAGGGGGAGAUUGACGGAUGGAGAGGGGGGGAGUGGGGGAUGGAGAGAGAAAUGAAAACAGAGAGAGGGAGAGAGAGGUAGGGUGAGAGAUGGAGAGAGAGAGGGAUGGUGAGAUAGAGAGAGAGAGAGGGAGAGAGAGAGAGAGAGAGAGAGAGAGAGAGAGAGAGAGAAAACAGAGAGGGGAGAGAGAGGAGGAAGUGUGUUAUGUGCUCAGACAAUGUUGUUUCUGUAAUACAUAAUAUAUAUGUUUAUGCAGUAUCAUUGUUUACACUCAUACUACCCUGGAAUUCAGAAUACUGGAAUCACCUCCCGAGAGUGAUUUACAGUAUACUGUAGCUAACACAGCUACAGCCUCUUGUUUCUACAGUAUACUGUAGCUAACACAGCUACAGCCUCCUGUUUCUACAGUAUACUGUAGCUAACACAGCUACAGCCUCCUGAUUCUACAGUAUACUGUAGCUAACACAGCUACAGCCUCCUGUUUCUACAGUAUACUGUAGCUAACACAGCUACAGCCUCCUGUUUCUACAGUAUACUGUAGCUAACACAGCUACAGCCUCCUGAUUCUACAGUAUACUGUAGCUAACACAGCUACAGCCUCCUGUUUCUACAGUAUACUGUAGCUAACACAGCUACAGCCUCCUGUUUCUACAGUAUACUGUAGCUAACACAGCUACAGCCUCCUGUUUCUACAGUAUACUGUAGCUAACACAGCUACAGCCUCCUGUUUCUACAGUAUACUGUAGCUAACACAGCUACAGCCUCCUGAUCUACAGUAUACUGUAGCUAACACAGCUACAGCCUCCUGUUUCUACAGUAUACUGUAGCUAACACAGCUACAGCCUCCUGUUUCUACAGUAUACUGUAGCUAACACAGCUACAGCCUCCUGUUUCUACAGUAUACUGUAGCUAACACAGCUACAGCCUCCUGUUUCUACAGUACCCACGUCCAUUCAGCUACAGCCUCUUGUAUUCUACAGUACCCACGUCCAUUCAGCUACAGCCUCCUGUAUUCUACAGUACCCACGUCCAUUCAGCUACAGCCUCCUGUAUUCUAGAGUACCCACGUCCAUUCAGCUACAGCCUCCUGUAUUCUAGAGUACCCACGUCCAUUCAGCUACAGCCUCCUGUAAUCUACAGUACCCACAUCCAUUCAGCUACAGCCUCCUGUAUUCUAGAGUACCCACGUCCAUUCAGCUACAGCCUCCUGUAUUCUACAGUACCCAGGUCCAUUCAGCUACAGCCUCCUGUAUUCUACAGUACCCACGUCCAUUCAGCUACAGCCUCCUGUAUUCUACAGUACCCACGUCCAUUCAGCUACAGCCUCCUGUAUUCUACAGUACCCAGGUCCAUUCAGCUACAGCCUCCUGUAUUCUACAGUACCCAGGUCCAUUCAGCUACAGCCUCCUGUAUUCUACAGUACCCAGGUCCAUUCAGCUACAGCCUCCUGUAUUCUACAGUACCCAGGUCCAUUCAGCUACAGCCUCCUGUAUUCUAGAGUACCCACGUCCAUUCAGCUAUAGCCUCCUGUAUUCUACAGUACCCACGUCCAUUCAGCUACAGCCUCCUGUAUUCUACAGUACCCACGUCCAUUCAGCUACAGCCUCCUGUAUUCUACAGUACCCAGGUCCAUUCAGCUACAGCCUCCUGUAUUCUACAGUACCCAGGUCCAUUCAGCUACAGCCUCCUGUAUUCUACAGUACCCACGUCCAUUCAGCUACAGCCUCCUGUAUUCUAGAGUACCCACGUCCAUUCAGCUACAGCCUCCUGUAUUCUACCGAGGGUCGAGUGUCUGUGUGUUUUAGUUUUUUCCCAAUUCAAUUAAAACCUAGACAACCAGAUGAAGGGAGAUCCUAAUUAAUUAGUGACCUUAAUUCCUCCAGCAAGAACGAGGGUUGGAGCGAAAACCUGCAGACCUCCGUGCAAUGAGUUCGUGGUCUGUUUGCUACUGUGUGAAAUCCUGCAAUGUGGCUGUUUGAAUUCCUCCCCGUUUCUAUGGCAGCCUUUUUUAAAACUCUGUUUGAAUACUGUCAGAGCCGUAGCCUAGCCUGUGUAUGGCUUAUGAACCUCUCUCUAUAACACGGUCUGAAUACUGUCAGAGCCGUAGCCUAGCCUGUGUAUGGCUUAUGAACCUCUCUCUAUAACACGGUCUGAAUACUGUCAGAGCCGUAGCCUAGCCUGUGUAUGGCUUAUGAACCUCUCUCUAUAACACGGUCUGAAUACUGUCAGAGCCGUAGCCUAGCCUGUGUAUGGCUUAUGAACCUCUCUCUAUAACAUGGUCUGAAUACUGUCAGAGCCGUAGCCUAGCCUGUGUAUGGCUUAUGAACCUCUCUCUAUAACACGGGCAUAGGCCUGUAAUAUAUUCAGACGCUGCAUUUCAUUUAAUACGACAUGUUGACUUUACAAAUAAAAAGAAGAAGAAGAAAAUGUAUUUUUUUCAGGAAAAGUAUUUUUUGUUUUGUUACCUUUUCCACCUGCGGUAAACGUCGAGUCACACAUACAUGUCCAAACACACGUGUCCAUCCAUACGUACACAGUCCAGUUUACCCCCAGGGGUCUUUCUGUGUUGUGUAUAGAGGGACCUCCUUUAUAGAUCCCUUCUGUCUCCUUCCCCGAUGGCGAGCUGUGCUGUUUGGAGAGAGGGCUCCACCUAGAGGCCAAGUGGAGGAAUGACCCCGGGAGUCAGAGGCAAGAGGACACAAACUGUACUCUCUCUCUCACCAAAGUGUCUCGGAUUGCAAAAUUCCCAGUAGCUCUCAAUGAUACUAUUUUAUGGGAGAUAACAAUAAAUGAUGCAGGCAGGAUUAGAUUAGACCAGGUUACCCUCCUCUGUUUUAUGGCUUUGAAUGUGCCUAACUGUAACUUAGAGACCCCAACUUCCUGUUUUAACGUUGACACGUGAAAUGUGAUGCUAGGAGGAAGGUUUUCCCGGACACAGAUUAAAGCCCACUUCGUCCUCCUUCUCCAUUGAACGUGUCUCGUAGUGAUGCUAGGAGGAACGUUUUCCCGGGCACAGAUUAAAGCCCACUUCGUCCUCCUUCUCCAUUGAACGUGUCUCGUAGUGAUGCUAGGAGGAACGUUUUCCCGGACACAGAUUAAAGCCCACUUCGUCCUCCUUCUCCAUUGAACGUGUCUCGUAGUGAUGCUAGGAGGAAGGUUUUCCCGGGCACAGAUUAAAGCCCACUUCGUCCUCCUUCUCCAUUGAACGUGUCUCGUAGUGAUGCUAGGAGGAAGGUUUUCCCCAUUUCCUGUCCUGUCCUCACAGACUGACUGCCUCUUUAACUACUGAUCAGCUGUCUGUUUUUAGACCCGGAUCACUAGAUCAUCACCCACUGUCGUCCAUUAAAAAGGUACAUUGAUUCCCUCAUUUACAUACCUAGUGUUGACCUGGUACACAGCCUCUUCAGCUGUGGGCUGCCUAUAACAUACACAGAGACACACACACACACAGACACAGACACAGACACACACACGCACACAGACACACACACACAGACACACACACACAGACACACACAGACACACACUCACACACCCACACACACAUCCACACCCACCCAUGACGUGACAAUGUUUGUGUUGUUGUUCAUCUCCUGUCUCUGAUGUUUUAUAGUGUUGUAGCCUAAUGUUCUGUACUCUGCCUCCUGAUAGGACCCUUGUUUUACACAUUAAUAAACACAGUUGAUCUACCA